UUGGAGGUUGUGUAUAUUUUUAUAUUUUUCAUUUCGACGUUACUUUGCUCGAAAAUUUUGAAGAAAAAUAAGACGACGGUUGCUUUAUUUAGCUACCAACUUUGAAAACAUUUUGGCUACUGUGGAUAUCAAUUUCUGUUGUGUCCAGUGCCAACUAAUGGAGUCUGAAUCAGAAGAUACCGGCCUCUCUCACACUGGACCAUUGUCACAAGGAGCAUUCACAUAUCGCAAGAGCAUCGGGAGAUGUCUGACGCUGCGGCCCCAGCGUGUGCCGGCGAGCUCGAUCCGCGAUGAGAACAACAGCGGCGACGAGGAUGGCCAGGCGGACACGGCCACGCCGUCCAACUCGGCUACCAUCGGCACGGUCUCGGCCAUCCUGGCCGCCGGCAGGCGCCUGGAGCGGAACCCGAGCGGCGAGCCGCCGCCGUCCAACUCGUGUCCGGACAAGGAGAACAUGUCCGGCCGCGGCCUGGUGCACCCGUACGACCUGCUGACGCCACUGCCGCGUCGCACCGGACCGACGCCGGCGACCGGCAGCGGCCGCACGCCGCGCCAGCCGCUCAGCCGCAUCGACACGCCGUACAAGGUGGCCGAGCCGGACACCGCGCCGCCGCCCCCGGCCGCCGGCGCCGUCAAGCGGCCGUUUGUGUUCGGCGAGCCGUCCGCCGAGAAGCGGCCGCCGCUGCAGCACGCCUCUCGCUCGCACUCGUCGCUGCAGUCUGCGGCGUCGGCGGCGCGGCUGACGCCCGGGCUCAGCCGCGGCCUCUCCGAGGGACGGCUGACGGACGUGGGCGCGGUGCGGCGCUCCAUGCCCGUGAUCUCGGAGCGCUCGGCGGAUAGCACGCCGCCCGAACAGCGCGUGGCGCCGCUGAACCAGUCGGGCUCGGCGCCGGCGAGCGGACCGACAGCACGCGUGUCGCCGGCACCGUCCGCCGAGCCGACGGGGCCGCUGGAACCGCGCCGAGCCGCGGCGACGCCCUACCGGCGGGCUGAGCUCGGCGCGGACAGACUGGCGGCGCCGGCGGACACACUCUGUGGUGUACCUCAGACUGGGGCAGGCUCCGCGCGCGAGUACCAGUCCACCGCCUACCGGGCGGGUCAGACCGGCGUCGGAGCCGCUCCCGCGCCGUCCGUCUCACAUUGUGGCACAGCCGACGGGCCGGGCGCCCGAUCACACGCCCGCCUGGGCUACCGACAGGACCCGACCGCCGGGCUAGGCCAGCAGCACACGCCCCGGCCCCGGGUGGUCGGCCAGCUGACGACGGCGUCUGCUCAGCGUGUGCCCAUCUCCAGCCACCUUUCGUCAUCCUCAACCUUCAACCGUGUCUCCGAGUCCCGGCAGACCGCCUAUCACGCGUCAGUAUCUAGUGCCGUUCAGUCGAGACUGGGUCAGUCGGUGACUGGCUCGGCCGUCUCCGCGGCCACCACGGUCGUCUCGGCCUCCAGCGUCCACGUAUCGAGCUCUGUGUGUGGGUCCUCGGCGUCUGUGCUUAGCGCGGCCCCGCGGGUACCGUCCGGGCCGGUGGCGGACGGCCCGGGUCGGCCCAGGACCGCCCCGCCGCCUCCGUCACUGGUAGAGCACGGGACGCAGACGGAGGAGUCGGGCAGCACGUCUAUGCCGCCGCCGCCCACCGAGCUGUUCUUCGGUAAGCGGCAGCUGCGGACGCUGACUGUCAACCAUCGGGACUACAUUGUCAUGAAGCAGAUCGGACGCGGCGGAUCCAGCAAGGUGCUUCAGGUUUUCGACUCGGACAUGCGCUCGCUGGCCAUCAAGCAGGUGUACCUGGAGAACACGGACGACGCCACGGCCAACGGCUACAAGAACGAGAUCGAGCUGCUGCGCUCGCUCCGCCACUCGGACCGCGUGGUGCAACUGAUGGACUUCGAGCACCGCGUCACGGACCAGAUGUUAUACAUUGUGAUGGAGAAGGGUGACACGGACCUCACCAAGCUGCUGCAGUCGUACACUCGCCUGAACGAGGUGGACGCCAACAUGUGCAAGUUCUUCUGGGGAGAGAUGCUCCGCUGUGUGGACGUCAUCCACAAGGAGAACAUCAUCCACUCGGACCUGAAGCCGUCCAACUUCCUGAUGGUGGCCGGCCGGCUGAAGCUGAUCGAUUUCGGCAUCGCCUCCCAGAUACAGUCCGACUGCACCAGCAUCAUCAAGGACUCGCAGGUGGGCACCUUCAACUACAUGAGUCCGGAGGCGAUCGAGGCGCAGCAGGUGACGAGGAACGGCGCGUCCCAGACGGCCAUCAAGAUCAGCCGGAGGUCAGACGUAUGGAGCCUAGGCUGCAUCCUCUACAACUUUGUCUACGGCAUUACGCCGUUCGGACACAUCAAACAGCCGAUGGGCAAGCUGGUGGCCAUCGUGAACCGAGAGCACCCGAUCGAGUUCCCCCCGGUGGCCGACUGUCACCUGCUGGCCGUGCUGAAGGGGUGUCUGCGGCGCGACCCGUACCAGCGGCCGAGCAUCGAGCAGCUGCUCUCGGACCCCUACCUGACCGGCUGCCGGUGUCAGUGUCAGAAGUGAGCCGUCGCCGCGCAGUGUGCGUCUACUCCGCCGGAGCUCUGUACAAGCCACCGUUGGACCGGGUCCGUGUCCAGUGGAUCCGGCCGGCCGUCAGACGGGGUCCGUGUCCGUGGAUCCACCCUGACCGGCCCGAGGGGUGAGUGCCGUGCCGCCCGAUCGUCCCAUCCCCCGGGACCCGAGUGUUGCCGAUCGGUUACUGCAGGAACCGCCUCUGAUUCGCGGCGGUUUGUAACAUGAACUACUUGCCGAUGAGGCCAGACUCGGCGACGUGCGGCGGCCCUGAGUUAUGCCACCAGGGCCGCCUAGAGCGAAUGAGACUAUACUACGGGAGCUAAUGUCCCGCGCUGCUGGUAAGGUCGGGCACCGGAGCGGACUGAGGCCUGCCGCCAGCGAGCGCUGCUUAUCCUAGAGGGUACGGCGCAGACGUGCCGUACUGCGUUCGUCUUCCCUGGCUGUCCUGACUGUGUGAGUGUUGUAUGUUGUGAAUCAUAGCAUGCUGAGAUAUGUGUCCAGAAAACUAGUGCUUUGGGGCCGUGCCAAUCUAGGCUUGCGCAAAUCGCCUUUAUAAAUAUACGCAGGAGUCGC